AUGAAAGUAGGAAACGCUGUGAACGAGCUGAUUGCAGGCGUAAUGUGCAAAGGAAACACAACAUUUUCAAGCUCUAGCAUGGUAGGUUUUCAUUUUUGCUCUGCUUUUCGAAGUUAAAACCAUUUCGCUUCGGGUUUGCUCCACAGCGCAAUGUCAAUUUCAUCGUGAUGUUUAUCAGCUUGCUUAUUUCAAACUGGUGUUGGACUUUUAAUCGGUCCGUUUGAAUCCUCGCCAACAGCGACGAAGAAUUUCUGUUUCUGUUUGGUUUCCGGUAGAUUAUUCGCGAUUUGCCAGCUAGUGUUUGAUGUGGAAAUUUUUAGAAGACCAAUUUAUUUAAAGAACUGCUGCGGUAUAGCGAAGUCAAAUCACUUCGAAAGCGCUUUGUUCGCACUUUCAAUUUACCAAAAAAGUUCAUUCGUUGGCGUUUUGUUCGCUAGCUUUGCUGACGAGGCUGCUUUGAGGAGUUGAGACGUAUUCGUGUUUAUGUGGAAAAUGUUUCUCCAGUUCGAUUGUGCAAUUUUAAGGAUUCGUAAACGUGAGAUGAAUUCCGUGUGAAAUUCGGCACGCUCGUCAGUCGAUUUGAACGUGAUAGAUAUGUGACAUGAGAGCUAUUUUAUUACUUAUCCCGCUGAGAGAUCUGUAGUUUUUUUAAAAAAGUUCCUUAAAAUAUGAACGUGUCAAUUUUUUUUCAAACGCGAGUCCACGUAGUCGAUCGUGGAUGUAGUUCGCGAUUUACUCAAACGCCUUUACUGACAGAACAGUACGCGGUUCACUCAAAGCUGCGAGCUCUUUGUGCAACAAACUUGGAGAGUAGUUUUAAAAUUCUUCUCCUUUUUUUUUGUCCCAAUUCGGUGUGUUGCAAAACGUCUUUGCUUUAACUAGGAUACGAUAAACUAUUUCUGCCGCGAACGUGACCGAUAUCCUGGUAAAUACUAAAUUAUUUACAUCAGUUAUGUGAUGUUUUUGAAAGUUUGAGCUUAGCUUAUAAACAAAGUACAGGUCUAAAUGGCAGGGAUUUUAGCUCGCUUUUUUCUUGUGAUCUUUAUUCUGUAAACAGAAUGACAGACCUUUGACUUGCGGAUUUGUGUUUGAUCGGCUGUGCUUAGCAUCACUUUUUGACACGCUAAAAACCCGUGAUGUUCAUUUCAUGAUGCAAUGCUACAGUGCGCUUGCACUUGUGAGCAUAUAAAUGUCGUUUAAUUGAAUGAUGCUUACUCAACAAGUUGGUUUUUUUUUCUAUUUCAGAGCUGGCAUUCACCUCAAAUGACCAGGUCUCCACAGAGCAUGAAGAUCGUAUUGUUUGCCGAUUUUGCAUCGAGUAGCCAUGGUCUUCACCAGGCGCAGUAUAUGCUUAAACAGCUUUGCAAUGAGGGUCACCAGAUAACUCUAUUCGGUAAGUUGAAUUUCUGAUCAAGUUUUUGAUUUUUGCUUUCUCUUUAACGCUUCAGCGCAAAAGGGAAAAAUCCCAGCAGUGAACAAUAAUAUUGUUGAACUUUGGCUGUUAUCCAGCCCUUCAUAGCAAACAAUUUUCGUUGGUAAUUAAUUUCUAUUUUAAUCUUGUAGUUUUGCUUUUUCUUCGAUGUGCCUUAGGAUUUUCUCUUUAAAACAGUUUAUUGAAAUUGUCUUAAGGGGUAUUUUGUAAUCGCCUGAAAUAGCACUGAAUUCGUCAUUUGUUCGAACUUGUUUUUAUUACACAAAGGGAAGGGAUUUGCAAUUCAAAUAGUACAGCGGCGCGUUUCAAUUAAACUCCUUUCGUUAUCCCGAAAGACCUAUCAACUUUUCUAUUCCAUUUCAUCGUGCGUUUUAUUUCACCCCUGAAAUGUUGCAAUUUUUGUAACUUUUCCAAUAGUUGAUGUGGUGCCCUGAAGCAGAGUGAUUCAUUUUUACUGCGGGCGAUUGAUUAGCUGUUCCAAUGAUUCCGUCCAUUCUCUUGGGACCGACUUAACUUUCAACUUGUUUUUCAACCUUGCGGGUUUUGUUAGAAAAAAAAUCCUUCUGAUCAGCCGGGUAUUGUUAAGAAUCGGAAAUGUAAGUGGGCCUUCUCAGUAAAUUUACUGGGUAUUGGACUUCCGGUGACAAUACCACGUGGGCUCGAUGUUGUGAGUGUAAUGUUGACGAUGUUGGCCAUUUUUCAAACAGUCCUCUGAUUUUUUUUUUUGCAGAAUGUGCCAAUGUUAGUGUACCGUUAUUGAUGUAUGAAGACACACAAGCUUGCCUCUGCCAAGUUUUUGAAGAACCUUUGAAGCUGUUGGAACGAAAAGUGAAUGAGGCUGAUGCAUUUUUACUUGUAACUGACAAGACUGGAUUUGAGAUCCCUUCCUCACUUGCUACAGUCAAACACCAUUUUACAGGCAACAACUUCACCUGGAGACCUUAUGGCGUGCAAUGUGUUCUUCUUGGUGGUUCUGUACACAGUCGAAAAGUCGCCAUGAGACUUCGAGUGUUUUUAGAAGGUUCUGACUACCCCUACAUGGCCGGUGUCCUUCCACAACGCUGCUCCUGGACAGAAAUGUACGCAGUAGACCCGAGUCUUGAAACACCUGGUCCUUGUGUACUAUGAAAAAGACAACACAACACGGUUGUGAACAUUUGUUUUUGGACUUCAUAGACUAUGUUGACUGUUGCAUAAGCCUAAGCUUAAGCUUGCUGAAGCAAACUUUCAGAAGUUUUGUAGUGUCGUGAGCUAUAAGGUUAGGUGCCUUCCUCAUUCGUGUUAUAAAUAAUUAUUGUCUCUCGCAUUGUUUCUGUUCUCCACAAACAUUCAUAAAAUCAACCAUAAAAAAAAUGUCAAAAUGUAAAAAAAGGAAUAGAAUUUUCAAAGUUUGGGCCUUGUACAUAAUAUUUGUCUAAAUUAUGCCAUAUUGGUGUGUAUAUUGAGAGAGUUUUAUUAAAGAAUGUAAAUAAAAGAAAGGUAGAUUUUACAUCAGAGCAAUGUCUUGCUUAAUGACUGCCAGAGAUGGGUGGAUUCUAAGGUGUGUGGGUGGGUGAACGGAGUACGCGUGGGCAGUGGGAUCAGCAGUGACGAUAGACAACUUGAAGGAAAACUAAAAUAGAGAUGGCAUAGCAGAGCCUUUGAACUUGUUACUGUUAUAAGAGCUGUGAUGCUCAAUCAUAUUUCAAAUUCACUAGUGGCCUUGUACUUCCUAGCAUCUGUUUUGUCCUACUACAGUCAGGUAUUUACCCUUAUGCUUUUGAAAGGGACUUGUAGCAAAACAAAAUACUUUUAAGUUUCUUUCAUCUGGAGUUCUAAAUGGCAAAGUAAGACUUUGUAGAGAUUUCCUAGCCUGCGUCGCAGACACUCUAAACCUUCUGUAUAGACUAUACAAAUGGUUUAGACGAGUACGAGUACGUGGGCCGGCUGCAACGCAGGCUAAGAUUUCCAAACUGAUAAGUGUUUUACUCAUGGCAAUGAUCAAAGUUAAAUUUCUUGGAAAGAGUUUUCUUACUCCCUUUGGGAGAUUUAAAACAUACAUCUUUUCUACGUUUUUUGUUUUCGAUUUCCCCAGUCGUGUGACAUACUUAAGAGCAGAAAUGGUGUAUAAGUUAUUGACGUGUAAGUUAUUUUGUUUGCACAAGGAAGAACGGCUGUACGCGCGAGAUAGAAGGACACGCGCGCGUUCUCGAGGGCACUUCCGCUUUCUACGCAAGAAGUACGGAAUUCCUACAACAUUUCUGUCCACCCUAUCUAUUUGACAUUUCGUGUUAUUGAUCUAAGAAAUGUGCAAGACAUUAGCAUGAAAUAGGAAGACAAAAAACUUCGAGGGCUUUUUACGCUCAUGCAUGUGGCAUUUGAGACGUGUGUUUCCAACUCGAUUUCCCAAUAAGGAAAUUGGGGACAACUUCCGUUUUGAACGGAUGAGUGAUUAACACCUCCGUCAGAGAUUAGGCAUCGCGCGCAAGGAGUUUCAGCAUUCACAGAUUUUAACGUGAGCUUCAUUUUAUGGGAAACGAUAACUGCUUUUGCCUGCCAGAGCGUAUAGCAGGAUAAUAAACGAUCAAAAAAGAACAUGCUGAUUUUUUUCUGGAAAUAAUCACAGUUUUCACGCCUCUCUUGGCGGCUAGACGCUUUAAUUUGCUAUUUGUGGCGUAGUUCCUGGUCUGUUUUGUAAUGAACUAUUUUUAUAAGCGUAGCUGCAUGUUGCCUUUUGUUUUCUG